UGUUCCUCUCCGCAAGCGGGGAUGUAGAGGUGGGAUUGCAAGGACCGAGAAAGCUCUGGGAACCCACGCGUUCAGCCUCUGAGAAAGUACGCUUUUCCGAAAUAACUGACGGUGAAUAUUUUUUUUUCUUUUCACAUUUACCAUUAACAGAGAGGCACUCUGUAGGAUUGUGUUCUCGGAGAAGAAGCUUUUUUGCCUCCCCCUGCCCUCUUCUUUUUUUUUUUUGUCACCAUUCUGCACGGCAGGCUGAGAGACGGACCGCUCGGACUGUGGGAGCCCUCCCCUCUGCUCGGAUCUGCUUUGGUAGUUUCCAGAUGGCUCAUGGAAGAGCGUGGAUGAGGGCUGAGCAGUAGUGGGGACAGAGGGCUUCGAGGCCUGCCUGUCGUCGCCUGGCUGACUGCUCCAUCGAGGUGAGGUACCGCUCUCACUGGGGCACAGAACGGACCGAGGAAAGGUCCCUCCUUACUCACCCCUGCCCCCUUUCCACCCUCACCCCCAACCCAGGCACAUACGUUCUGGACCAUGUCUAGCGGGCUAUCGGAGGGUGGCCAGACAGAGGACCUGGAGCGGAGUAGCUGCAAACAGGACUCUCCUGUUAUAGAGCGCCGAAACCGCAGUGGCAUCAUCAGUGAGCCCCUCAGUAAGAGCCUUAAGAACUCCCGCACCCUCUCCCAGUAUACAGCGGUCUCCUCUGCCACCACCAAUGGACACACAGACAAUAGUGAGACUAAGAGCCACCCGGCCAAGCCUCAGCCCACCCCGCAGCCCCAACCCACUGUCUCUGCACUGACAGCAGCCAAGUUGGACCGAACCCUAGAACAGGUUCUGGAAGGACAGAAUGGCCUGCUGCACUUUGCCCAGGCAGCAGCACUGUUAAAGCGAGCCGGUAUGGAGCACAUGCUCCUGCCUGGGGGAAUGGGAGUGGGAGUUGGCGGUGGAGACGCAGGCUCGGGGGCUAGCGAUUUGGAGGGUACGUCUGUCACGGACGCCGUAGGUGGUCCUGUUGACUUCCCAUAUGGAGUAGGGGGUGGCUUCCCCUUCAACCCGGGGCUUUUCAUCAUGACGCCGGCUGGAGUGUUUCUGGCGGACAGCGCGCUGCACAUGGCCGGCCUGGCCGAGUACCCAGUGCAGAGCGAGCUGGCCUCUGCUAUCAACUCCGGUAAAAAGAAGCGAAAACGUUGUGGGAUGUGCCCACCUUGCCGACGGCGGAUUAAUUGUGAGCAGUGCAGCAGCUGCCGGAAUCGAAAAACGGGCCACCAGAUCUGCAAGUUUCGCAAAUGUGAGGAACUGAAAAAGAAGCCCUCUGCUGCUCUGGAGAAGGUGAUGCUUCCUACAGGAGCGGCGUUCCGGUGGUUCCAGUAGGACUCCUCCUCCUCCUCCGCUCCCUACCCAAAGCUCUGCCAUGAAGUGCAAUGCCAACUCCUGGAUUGUCUCCGGAACAGACACUGGCUAAUAAACAAGCUAGCAACAAAUAAAAUUAUAGAAAAAAACCCAACAAAAAACAAAAAAACGAAACUAAAAGCAGAAAAAAAAGAGGAAAAAAAUCAGCCGGAUAAUGGAUGCACCUACUUAUUCCUUGAACCAAAAAUGAAAACGUAAAGAAAAGCAUCUAUGGCAACUUUCAUUCCCUUUUCUAUGUUUCCAUUUUGGUACCUUUUGUCCUUAUCCCAGCAGGUUUUUUCUGUCGCUUAAACAUGGAACUGCUCAUUGCCAGAAACAGAAAUGACGGACUGAGUGUGGACAAUCAACUAAUUUCUGUGUUUGGUGUUAAUGUUGUUCAUGUGUGGAAAGAUAAAGUACUUGUGUAGAGAAUGUAAAUUUACAGCUAUAUUUUAAAAACUAGUGGCUAAUGGUAAACAUUAUUGUAAUUCUUCACCAUUAUGUUACUCAAAGCCCUCGUCUUCUUUAUGAUUUCAUUUUACUUUCCAGAAAGAUUUAAGUGGUUGUCCUUUGACAGUCAAGAAAAUGUUUCAAAUUGUGGUGCUGUCCAUUUUGGAUUGUAAUGAAACUUUUAAAAAAAAAGAAAGAAAAAAAAGUCAUGUUAAUGGGCAGAUCACCUGAGAUUCUUCGCUGGCUUGAAGAUGUUGUUCGCCAGAGCCGUCACUACUGUAAUCUCCUCAAUCAGCCCUCCUCUGCAUUUCCAAACUGUUCCUUUAGUGAAACUGGCAGCCUUGUUACUGUGGCCCUACUGAGCAUGUGCCAAUACUGCUCAGGGCAAAAGCACUAAGAGACAGCACUUGCUCUGAGUCUACCCUACUGAAAGCACUGGGACAAGCAUUUUUUUUAAAUUUAUUUGUUUAUUUGUCAUAUUUUUAUGAUUUAGUUAUGUUGCUGGGUAGCUACAGCUUUUAAAAAUAACCAAUCUUUGUAUUUGUUUAGAAAAUUGGACUGGUUUUGUGAAUAAAAAGGAAUGCAUGUAUUCGUGUCAAAAUUUACAAAUCUGAUGUUUGUCUACUUGUCUAUUUGCAUGUUUUUUUUAACAGCUGAUUUUAAAAAAAUGGU